AUGGAGACGUCGCUCCCCGAGGCUGACAAUUGGCUGGCUGGCGAUAGCCGAUCCUUCAUAAAGCUAUCCCUGACCGGGGAAGAACCAUCUUGCAUUGACUGGUCACUUCCUCGUGGGGAACUGACGGAGCCGUCUCUGCCAGUGGAACUCGCGGGGAAGCGACCCCACAUCAGACGAUCCUCACGUUCCUCAGGAUCACCGCCAGUGCGCCAGUUCGGACGGCUUCGUGGCGGCCGCCCGCCCCAUCAAAGUCUGGAAAUCGAAUUCCAGUACAUCCCCGGACAUCACUCCAUUCCGAAGCCUGGCCGACUUGGUACAAUCCAGGACGUAAGUAUUCUCGCCAUUGCUGGUAACCCUGAUGGUAGCCCCAACUCUUUGGUCGACGACUUGGACUUGCGUCCAAAUCUCGAUGUCGGCAUCGUGAGUGGUGGGAUGGGUGGAGAUGACCUCGCUUCCUGGGAGGACCCGGCACUUGCUCCACAUUGCGUCGGCAUCGUACUCGGCGAUGGCCAGCGGGCUGUGGAAUAG